GGGAAAGAAAGGUGGCCACAGCCCCUGUCAGCCAAGUGGUAACCCAGCAGAACCAAAGGGGACAGGCCCUUUGGUGGUGGCUCAUUGAGAAGAUCCCUGCACCCCAGGGUCAGCGAGGGAGCCCAGUCGCUGAGCCAUGCCGGGCCCCGGGCGGCCGGCAGCAAGCCCAACCCCGGCGCCCACAUAGUCAUGAACAGCCACAACCACCGUGGCUGCGGGGGACGGCCGCUGGGUGGCGGGCUGGGUGCCCUGGGCCGAGACCCUCUGGACCCUGAGGCCGGCCACCCCCCGCAGCCUCCGAAUGGCCCAGGCAUCCAGGUGGUGGUGGCCAAGAGUGAGCCAACCCAGCCCUCACCCAGCAGCCCCCGGGGGCAGCCCCAGGACCAGGAGGAGGAGGAAGAUGAAGAGGAAGACGAGGCAGGCAGGCAGAGGGCCUCAAGGAAGCCCCCAAGUGUAGGUCACCGCCUGGGCCACCGGCGGGCACUCUUCGAGAAGCGGAAGCGCCUCAGCGACUACGCCCUCAUCUUUGGCAUGUUCGGCAUCGUUGUCAUGGUGACGGAGACAGAGCUGUCCUGGGGGGUCUACACCAAGGAGUCCCUAUACUCCUUUGCACUCAAAUGCCUCAUCAGCCUCUCCACCGUCAUCCUGCUGGGCCUGGUCGUCCUCUACCAUGCCCGGGAGAUCCAGCUGUUCAUGGUGGAUAACGGGGCAGAUGACUGGCGCAUCGCAAUGACCUGCGAGCGCGUUUUCCUCAUCUCCUUGGAACUGGCCGUGUGUGCCAUCCACCCAGUGCCCGGCCACUACCGCUUCACGUGGACGGCGCGGCUGGCCUUCACCUACGCGCCAUCGGCGGCUGAGGCCGAUGUGGACGUGCUGCUGUCCGUGCCCAUGUUCCUGCGUCUCUACCUGCUGGGCCGCGUCAUGCUGCUGCACAGCAAGAUCUUCACCGACGCCUCCAGCCGCAGCAUCGGUGCCCUCAACAAGAUUACCUUCAACACACGCUUCGUCAUGAAGACACUCAUGACCAUCUGCCCGGGCACCGUGCUUCUUGUCUUCAGCAUCUCCUCCUGGAUCAUCGCCGCCUGGACCGUGCGGGUCUGCGAGAGGUACCACGACAAGCAGGAAGUGACUAGCAACUUCCUGGGGGCCAUGUGGCUCAUCUCCAUCACCUUCCUCUCCAUCGGUUACGGCGACAUGGUGCCCCAUACCUACUGCGGGAAGGGCGUGUGCCUGCUCACUGGCAUUAUGGGGGCCGGCUGCACAGCGCUCGUGGUCGCCGUGGUGGCCCGGAAAUUGGAACUCACCAAGGCAGAGAAACACGUGCACAAUUUCAUGAUGGACACUCAGCUCACCAAGCGGGUAAAAAACGCCGCUGCUAACGUUCUCAGGGAGACGUGGCUCAUCUACAAACAUACCAGGCUGGUGAAGAAGCCAGACCACGCCCGGGUUCAGAAACACCAGCGUAAGUUCCUCCAAGCCAUCCAUCAAGCUCAGAAGCUCCGGAGUGUGAAGAUUGAGCAAGGGAAGCUGAAUGACCAGACCAAUACGCUUGCAGAUCUGGCUAAGACCCAGAAUGUCAUGUACGACCUCAUGUCCGAGCUGCACGCCCAGCACGAGGAGCUCGAGGCCCGCCUGGCUGCCCUUGAAAGCCGCCUGGAUGCGUUGGGCACCUCUCUGCAGGCCUUGCCUGGCCUCAUCGCCCAAGCCAUACACCUGCCCCAACAAAACCUUCCUCCCCAGCCUGGCCCUGGCCCCCUGGACCAGGUGGCCUGGAGUCCCCCACGCUGGUGGCCACCCGUGGCCCCUUCGGACUGCGGGUGACAGCCCUACCUGCCACCGGACCCCUCAAUCUUGGCCAUCGUGUGGCCACCACCUCCAUGCCACCCAGGAAGCCCUGUACAGUGGCGCCUCUUGGAGUUCAAGGAGCCGAAGCUGAGUUGGGCUGAGUGGACUGGAGCCCGCCCCACCCAGCCCAUCCGGGCAGACGGCACGGGGCAGGGCCGGACGACCAGUUAGGGCAGGGGUGGGCCAUUGCCCGCUUCCUCCUUGAUUGGAGCUGGGGGAGCCCGGAGCUUCCACUGGCCCCCUGACCCCUAGUGGGUGCGGAGCAGCCAGGAGAGGGGUCCUUGCCAGUUUCGAAUAAAGCAGGACCCCACCCAGUUGCUGCCUGUUAUACGUGGCUGGGGGGCACUCAUCAUCAUGACAUGGGAGGUAGACACCUGGCCCAAGGUCUCAGACUGGAUGUAGAGGAUCAAAGUGAGCCCAUCCCCAUCCUAGCCUGGUAGGCUCCCGGGCCUGAGCUUAGUCAGGGACACCUCCUGGAGGACAUCUGCUCCAGUCCCACCUAACACCCAUAGAGGGACCAUGCAUGGCCCAGCCUGGACCUGUGGGAGGCAGCAGGUCAUCAGGACAUCCUUCCAGCUGGCUUUGCUGGAAUACCGACUAUGGGCCAGGCUCCAGCAGGGCCAUGGGUCAUUGUCCAGCAGGGGAGGUGACAUGAUUGAGGAGGGCCAUUCAGUCUUCAUUGGACACAGGCUGAGCACCCGCUGCAUACAGACAAUGUAAUGUAAAUGAUCAUACUGACUCUUCACCAGAACCUGACCAGGGUAGGAUGUGGAGACUCAGAGAAGUGAAGCCACCUAUCUGGGGCUACAGAGUGAGGAGGGGUGAGCCUCCUCCUUAAAUGUGGGGGUCCACAGGCCAAAAGGACGAAUGGACUGGGUGGAGGGCAGUCCAUGGGGAGGGGAGUGGUGUGAUCCUGGGGUUAGAGAGACCCCUCUGGGACAGGAUGGAGGGGAGGGUUCCAGACAUAAGUAGAAUCAGAAAGGUCCCUCUAGGCCUUGGGCUCGUGGUGCUUGGCAGAUGCUGGGCCCUGGCUAAUCUGGGUCCCGCUGAGAGCCCAGGCCCUGGCAGCCUCUGAUAAGGCCAUGGGCCACCUGGCUGGGGGUGAUAGGUUGGGCACAAGAACAAGAAGGGUCUGGGCAGGUGUGGGUGGGCUGUGGUCAGACCUGGGUUCGAGACCCAACUCUGCUACCACUAGGGACUCUAGGCAGUAGCUGCCCCUCUGGAAUCUUAGUUUCCUCUUCUGUAAGAUCAAAUUCGAGGAACAGGGCACAGUGCUCACCCUUGGGAACACCCAGUCUGAUGGAGAGCCACAGUAAACACACAGUAGUCACAAAUAUAGGGACCAGAGCCCUAAAGAAAUAAACAAGUCCAAAGCAUGACU